AUGAAUUCAAAAUCUCGCAAAUGUCGCACCUGUUUAGAUGGCACCAAAGGAUUACAAUGCCUCACAAAUCCAGCUGUGGGCGUGGAUGACGACGACCAAAACAAGUCAUAUGCUGACUUGCUUAUGGAAGUGGUCCAUAUUAAUACACUGGAAGAUAGCGGAGAUAUUUGGCCAUAUUUCAUCUGCAAUUGUUGCUCACGAAAAUUAAAAGCAGCCUAUGUAUAUAUACAACAAGCGCUUCACAUAAAUGAAAUACUUAAAUCAUCGUUAAUAGAAUAUAAUGGAAUACAUGGAAUAGUUACAGAGUAUAUGGAAGUUAAAAUGGAAGCAGUUGAGAACUACCACAAGGAGGAGGGGGAGGAGGAGCUGGAGGUGAAAGAAGAGCACAUUUUAACAGCAAAUAACAUUAAUUGUGAAAAAGACAAUAUCCUUCAAGAUUCCAAAAGCAGUCUAUUUCCCAAUGAAGAAAGAAAUGAAUUAUGUGGUACAUUUGCAGAUAUUAAAGAAACUAAACAUGAAUCCCAAGUUUCGGGCACGAGAAACGAAAAGAAAUUGAAAACUUUACCUAAAACAAAAUGUAAAAAAUCCACUAAACUUUUAAAAACCAAAGACACAGAGGAACAGAAGCAAAAUGACACAAUUGAUACCCCAGUCAAGUGUAAUGAUUGUGAUAAAAUAUUUGAAAAUUCUCGACAAUUAAAUAGACACCUGCGUAGCGCUCAUGUACCUGAAGAAUUACAAGUUCAAUGUCUGCAAUGUGAGGCAAAAUUCGCCAGGCGUCAUAAUAUGCUGGCUCACCUGCGAUUAUUUCAUAAGAUCGACAAUAUAGAAGAACUUGAACUAGCCACUACAAAUACAACAUUCUGUGAUAAUCCUAUGGCCACAAAUACCUCUCCUAAAAAACGUUUUCUCUGCACACUUUGUGGUCUAACGUUCAAUAGUCAGUAUUGUUUGAAUAUACACUUCCGCCGUCAUACCGGUGAAAAGCCUUAUAAAUGUGAAUUUUGUGAUCGUGCCUAUAUACGUUUGUGCGAUGUUCAAGUCCAUCGUCGUUCGCACACCGGCGAAAAACCCUACAAAUGUCAUCUAUGCGAAAAGGCCUUUAGUCGUGCGAACAAAUUGAAAAUUCACAUACGAUCACAUACUAACGAACGUCCUUACAAGUGUACACAAUGCGAAAAGGCCUUUAAGCAGUCGAAACAUUUGAAUGAGCACAUGCGUACGCACACAGGUGAAAGGCCAUAUAGGUGUGGAGUGUGUCAAAGUACAUUCACGCAGAGUAAUUCAUUGCGGUCACAUCAAAUCACGCAAAAGCAUUUAGAAGCGACAAAUACGACGGAUGAUUUACCAGAUCAGAGUAAUGAGGAUCUAAAUAUUAGUGAUCGAAAUUUAUUGGUAUAA